AACAGCAGUGACGUCACGUUCCGCUCCAUGUAUGGUGUUAGUUUCUCAUCCCAGUCGGUCGAGUAACGUGUUGAGAUCAGCAGCACCGGCUACAGAGAGGAAACGCUCGGCGAGUGAAAAAAUGAACGUGGAACACGAAAUAACACUCCUCGUGGACGAGAUUCGUCGGCUUGGCAGCAAAAAUGCAGAUGGCAAAACCAGUGUCAAAUUUGGAGUUCUGUUCAACGACGACAAGUGUGCCAACCUCUUUGAGGCGCUCGUCGGGACAUUGAAAGCAGCCAAGCGAAAGAAGAUCAUCACGUUCAACGGGGAACUCUUACUGCAGGGAGUUCACGACAACGUGGACGUCAUAUUACUGCAGGAAUGAACUUGACGGGCUGUCUUCUAGUCAAAUACAGUGGUUUUGUUUUGAGAGAUCUCAGUGCUGCAGUGAAAGAGCAACGUUUUGAUAUCACAAUCAUGAAUGUAUAAUUUUUCUACAUUGGAAUAAUUUUUUAUAAAGCUGAGGGGAGUGAGCUGCAUCCCAAACUCUCUUCUUUUCCUUUAAAUGUGCAACAGCCAUUGAUUAUUGACGAGGUUGACGUUGCUACCUCUUGUAGACCUUUAUCAGUUUUUUUAAAUCAUUUUUUGUGACUGCAAAACCAAAUGAAUAUUGCAUCUUUGGCACAUAUCAGUACUGUAUUUGUUUGUGAGCAAAAGUUAUGGAUGCUUGACAUCAGUAUAAUUUCUACUGUUAUUAAUUUUUAAUGUCUUACAGAAGACUUGGCCAAUGACCUUCCAGUGCAAUACGGUUACUGUGAAAAUGGCCAUGAAAUUUGUACCAAAUGUUUAGUUGAUUUCCUUUCUGUGGGCCACAGGACUUCACAGAGUUGACUAUUCGGGUAACCUGUACUUAAAAGUAAUGCUUGAAAUGAGAUAAAUGAGCUGUUCUGAUGUGGAAACUUGAGUAGAAACCUAGCAACAAAUGAAUGCCUUAUGAGGUUUUUAGCACACAUUUCUAUAUGAAAUUUGAGACUAUAUUGCUGGAAUGGUUGGAAUAUUUUUAAGUUCAUCCACUUGUUGGCUGCAUCACAUUAAAAUGGGACAGCACAAGUCCUGGAACUUUUUGGCAAGACAAAUGCAAGGUUUGUGUUAUGAAAUUUAAAGGAAUCACAUUGUCUGAAUCCCAGGUGCCUCCCUGUUGGACAUGACAGGUGUAGAAGCCAUUAAUUUUUUACCUAUAUGGAGCGCUCCCUGAGUGCACUAGCGCACUAUAUGGGGCGCUCCCUGAGUGCACUAGCACACUAUAUGGGGCGCUCCCUGAGUGCACUAGCGCAUUAUAUGGAGCGCUCCCUGAGUGCACUAGUGCACUAUAUGGAGCGCUCCCUGAGUGCACUAGCGCACUAUAUGGGGCGCUCCCUGAGUGCACUAGCGCAUUAUAUGGAGCGCUCCCUGAGUGCACUAGCACACUAUAUGGGGCGCUCCCCAAGUCCAGUAGCGCAUUAUAUGGGGCACUCCCUACGUGCACUAGUGCACUAUAUAGGAAACAUCUGAGAUUUAGGCUGUGAGCAGGGUCUACUCAAGAUCACGGAUUUACACUGAAAAGAUCUACACUUUGCCUUCAUAUCAGCACUCUGAUAUUCACCUCAUUAAAACUGUACCAUUUGUAGUCUCUCAAACUGUGUUUAUUUUGCUUUCAAAUUAAAAUGACUCUGAUAAGUA